AUGUGGCGCAUUCAGGCUAUGGCAAAUAGGAGAAAAAGGAACGAAGCCGGCGCUGACGAGAUUGCACAGACGAUCCAUAGGAUGGUGGACGCUAUGCAGCCUGUGGCGGCACAACCCAGGGCCAUAGUACCACCAACGAGACCAGUGACUAUGGAAGAUGUGCUGAAGCAUAAGCCGUCAAAGUUCAAUGACAAAGUUACUCCUGAUGAGGCUCAUGCUUGGCUUAGGGAGUGUGAGAAAAUAUUCAGAGUGCUGGCGUGUACUGAGGCACAACAACUGAGUUUUGCGACGUUCCUGUUGGUGGGCGAUGCAGAGUACUGGUGGAUGGGAAUGCAGCAGCAGAUGCAGACAUGCCAAGAGGAGGCGAUCACAGAGGAGUGGCGUUGUCGUAAGUUUGAAGGAGGUUUAAGGCACGAGCUGCGCAGAGUUCUGGUGCCAUUAUGGAUCAGGGAGUUUCCUGUUCUGGUGGAGCAGGCUAGGACCGUGGAGGAGUUGGAGAUUGGACCCAGUCGGGUCACGAGAGCACAGAAAAAUACUUAUGAGGCCAGACAACAGAAGACACCAUACAGCAUGCCGCAGUCUUCCUCCUCAGGGUUGCAGUGUUAUAACUGUGGUGGCCCACACCUUCGUAGGAACUGUAUGAAGGCGGCGGGCAGUCCAGGUGCUGGCACGGAGCACGUGAAGUGUUAUAAAUGUGAGAAGAUGGGCCACUAUGUGAGUCAGUGUCCCACUAAGAAGAUAGCUGGAGGAGCAACACUACAGUAG